AUCCAGUCUGAUCCAGUCUGGCGGAGACGGAUUCGGCCGCCGAGGAUUUUAUGAAAAUGGAAAAUCAUGAGGCAUUUGUAGGCUUUGAUCUCUGUCAGAUACCACUUUCCAGUGUUGCUCAGAAGAUUAUGUCUGCUAUGCAUUCAGGUGACUUAGUGGAGUCUAAGAACUGGAGAGAGAGUGAAAAGACUGCAGAAGUGGUAAACGAAUCCAGUGUUAAGUAUCCAGUACUACUUGAAGAUGGGAAGAGUCAAACUCUGGAUAAAAUGGAUCUUAAUUCUUUCACAAGCCAGACAUCAAGCGCUUCCCUCAGACUCUCUCAGUCCUCCAGUAUCAGACUCACAGAUCAGCUGUUUACUGACCAAAGACAGAACCUCAGCUCACGGGCUCCUUCCAGCUGUCCAACUCCACAGUGUAACCAAGAGGCUUCAGUGCUACAGAAGAAGCAACAUAGAAGAAAACAUUUCCUAAAACAACACGUCAAUAAUGAAAAUAAAGAAAGCAUGAAUCUUAAAAGAAGACAUAUUCCAUGUCAUAAUUCACCAGAGAAAAUGAGUAAACAUACAGCAUUGAAAGAAGAUGCUGAGGAGGUGGAAGCCUCCCUGAAUCCUGGGGACUCAAGGGCUUUCAGAAACCAUUUCUGUGAUGUCAGGCAUCUGGAGGAUUUGGAGAAAAGCCAGCUGAUUGAAAUGCUCCAACAGGCAGGAUCCCUGGUGGUGACGCUGAUGUACAAGGAUGGUUCAACCCAGCUACGAGCUGACCAGGCUCCAGUUUCCUCUGUGAAAGGCGUUGUGAUGUUACUGCAGAGCCGCGCAGAAGGCGGUGGUCCCCUGGCUGCCUCAGCCCCGGGCCGUGUUCCGGAGGAAGGAGUCAGGCCCAGCGAUCGGUGCAUCUACAUCGAGACGGCGCAGCCUGCUGUCUGCAGCCAAGAACAAGAGGCACACGAUCAGUUUGCCCGGCGCGUGCUGUUUCAAACACUGACAUGUAGCUGCCCUGUUAUUUGUUUCAAUGCUAAGGAUUUUGUGAGAACAGUGCUGCAGUAUUUUGGUGAUGAUGGCAGUUGGAAGCACGUGGCUGACUUUGUAGGGCUGGACCCCAGAAUUGCCGCGUGGCUUAUUGAUCCUAGUGAUGCCACACCCUCUUUUGAGGAUUUAGUGGCAAAAUCCUUCGGAAACGCCGUCAGGGUUACAGUGAGCAGCACCUAUGGGAAUUCCUCAAGAAACAGUGUGAAUCAGAACGUGUGUGCGAACCUGCGGGUCCUCUACCGGCUUACGAUGGACCUCUGUUCUCAGCUGAAGGCUUCCGGUUUGUGGCAGCUGUUUUGUACCUUGGAGCUUCCUCUGAUCCCCAUUUUGGCAGUGAUGGAAAGCCACCGCAUCCGGGUGAACAAGGAAGAGCUGGAGAGGACCUCCGCGCUCCUCGGGUCUCGUCUCAAGGAAUUGGAGCGAGAAGCCCACUUUGUGGCAGGAGAACAGUUCCUCGUAACGAGCAGCGACCAGCUUCGAGAGAUCCUCUUUGGCAAGCUGAAGCUGCACCUGCUGAGCCCCACGGGGACGCUUCCCAAGACGGGGCUGCGGGGCCACCUGUCCACCUCCGAAGCCGCGUUAAAUGCUCUGCAAGCCCUCCAUCCAUUACCCAAGAUCAUUUUGGAACACAGGCAGGUUCACAAGAUCAAGUCAACCUUCGUGGACGGGCUGCUCGCCUGCGUGAGAGAGGGCGCCAUCUCCUCCACGUGGAACCAGACGGGGACGGUGACCGGAAGGCUCUCCGCCAAGCAGCCGAAUAUCCAAGGGAUCUCCAAGCACCCAAUUCAGAUGACGAAGCCUCGGAAUUAUAAAGGGAAGGAAGAGGCCGCCCUCACCAUCUCCCCGAGGACCAUGCUGGUCUCCGCCAGCGGCCACACCUUCCUGGCGGCAGACUUCGCGCAGAUCGAGUUGCGCAUUCUCGCACACUUAUCUGGGGACCCAGGACUCCUGACGCUGUUCCAGGCACCCGAGCGGGACGAUGUGUUUUCCACCCUGACUGCCCAGUGGAAGGACAUCCCCGCAGAGCGCGUGACGCACACAGACAGGGAGCAGACCAAGAGGGUGGUGUACGCCGUGGUGUACGGAGCAGGGAAGGAGCGGCUCGCUGCCUGCCUUGGAGUUCCUGUUCCAGAAGCCUCCCGGUUUUUGGAGAGUUUCUUGCAGAAGUAUCGGAAAAUCAAGGACUUUGCCCAAGCAACCAUUGCCCAGUGCCACCAGACAGGCUAUGUGGCAUCCAUCAUGGGCAGGAGGAGGCCGCUGCCAAGGAUCCAUGCGCAGAACCAGCAGCUCCGGGCACAGGCAGAGCGGCAGGCGGUGAACUUCGUGGUGCAAGGCUCGGCCGCAGACCUCUGCAAGAUGGCCAUGAUCCACAUCUUCGCUGCAGUGGCCGCGUCCCCCACCCUGACGGCCAGGCUGGUGGCCCAGAUCCAUGAUGAGCUGCUGUUUGAGGUGGAAGAUGCGCAGGUGCCCGAGUGCGCAGCUCUGGUCCAGGGAGCCAUGGAGGCCUUGCAGCACGUGAGGGCAUUGGAACUGCAGCUGCAGGUGCCCCUGAAGGUGAACCUGAGCACUGGCCGCUCCUGGGGACACCUGGUGCCACUGCAGGAGGCCCCGCCUCGGCCGCGCCCCCGUCCUGCCACGUCUCCACGCAACCGCCUGGCCAGACCGCACCUGCCUUCUUCCCCUGCGUUUCGUCCGUAGCCCCGGCAACAGCGGGGGACGGAACUGGCUCCCCAGCCCCUGGGUGGCCUCCCCAAGGUCAUGGCUGGCGUCUGUGCUGGCUGGUGGCUAGAGCAGGACGUGGCCUGGCCAAAUGCACCCUCUGGGUCCUCGCCGA